AUGCAAUAUCCUUAUUUAAUAUCGAGAGCGUUAGACCCAGUAUUUGCUGUUAGCAUCGGUGUUGCUUCUUAUUAUUUAUAUGAACAACGAACAGGAAGACCAGAUGGACACCAUUUAAAUGAGUUGGUGGUCAGGAAAUACAAUUCAUGGGUUAAGCCAGAAAAAUAG